AUGGCUCACACAUCUGGCGGUAACUCUGCCUUUCACAACUUCCACAAUGACUUCUCCCACGUCGUGGACCCCAAUGAGCGUCGUCGUCUCGCCCUGGCUGAGAUUGACAAGGCGAAAUUUGGCUGGUACCACGUUCGUGCGAUUGUCGUAGCUGGUGUCGGUUUCUUCACCGAUUCCUACGACAUCUUCGCCAUCAACCUGUGCUCGGCCAUGCUGGGAGUUGUCUACUGGCAGGAUGAUGCGUCCAGCCCUGGCAAGAUCCCGUCCAGCGCGGAUACUGCCAUCAAGGUCUCGACGUCGGGAGGUACCGUCAUCGGUCAGCUUCUCUUUGGAUGGCUGGCUGAUCAGGUUGGUCGCAAGCGCAUGUACGGUAUCGAGUUGAUGAUUAUCAUCUUGGCUACUCUGGCGCAGGCCUUGUCGUCUGACUCGCGUGCUUUGUCGAUUGUCGGUAUUCUUGUCUUCUGGCGUGUCAUUAUGGGUAUUGGUAUCGGUGGUGACUAUCCCCUGUCAUCGAUCAUCACUUCCGAAUUCGCGACUACCAAAUGGAGAGGUGCUAUGAUGGGCUCCGUCUUUGCCAUGCAGGGUUUUGGACAACUGGGUGCUGCAAUCAUCGCGUUGAUUGUGACUGCCGGCUUCAAGAGUUCCUUGGAGACUGCCAGCUCUGUUAGCAAAUGCGAUGGAGUCUGCCAACUCGCCGUCGACAAGAUGUGGCGUGUCGUGAUUGGGUUCGGUGCUGUUCCUGCAUGCAUUGCCCUCUACUACCGUCUCACCAUCCCCGAAACCCCUCGCUACACCUUUGACGUGGCCCGGGAUGUCAUCAAGGCGGAUGUGGACGUGCGUGCUUACAUCGAGGGCAAGAAUGAAGGCCACCCCGACGAAGUGCAGCGAGUUGCUACCCGUCAGGACAGCGCAAGCGAUUUGGCCAUUCCCAAGGCUAGUUGGUCUGACUUUUGGACUCAUUACCUGCAGUGGAAGAAUGGAAGGGUCCUUCUUGGCACUGCUGGUUCCUGGUUUUUCCUUGAUGUUGCUUUCUACGGCCUUGGACUGAACAACUCCAUUAUUCUGAGCGCCAUUGGCUGGAGCGGAGGAAGCACUGUCUACGAGUACUUCUACCGCAAUGCUGUUGGCAACCUCAUCCUGAUCUGCGCGGGUGCCAUUCCUGGAUACUGGAUGACUGUGGCCACGGUCGACACGAUUGGACGCAAGCCUAUCCAAAUCGGUGGCUUCAUCAUUCUGACAGCCGUGUUUAUUGUCAUUGGUUUUGCCUUUGAACCCCUGAAGCACUCAGACAACGGCUUGCUUGCCUUGUACGUCAUCGCGCAGUUCUUCUUCAACUUUGGACCGAAUGCUACCACCUUCAUCGUUCCUGGAGAAUGCUUCCCGACUCGAUACCGAUCAACUUCACACGGUAUUAGUGCGGCUGCUGGAAAGGUUGGCGCCAUUAUCGCUCAGUGUGUCUUUGGGCCCCUUGUUCACAGAGGCGCGAAGAACUCGUCUGAUAGCCCAUGGCUCAACCAUGUCAUGCAAAUCUUUGCCUUGUUCAUGCUUUGCGGUUGUUUCACGUCUCUGCUUAUUCCCGAGACUAAGCGGAAGACUCUGGAGUCUCUGGCCGGCGAGGACGUCGAGAGUCCUCUAAGUGAUUCGUUGCCAGCUAGCCAGGGGACGGAGAGGGAGAAUGUGAAUAUGAACGACCACAAGGCUGACACUGCCAACGGCCACUCCCAGUAG